AAUGAAGUAAUAUGAAUAAUACUUGAAAUGUUCAUCCACUAGAAGUGCAUAAAAGGAAUAAAGUGAAAAUUGGUUUCGCACACCAAAAGCAACUCAGAGAACUUAAACUCUUCAAUCUGAUAAUAAAAUUUAAAGUAGAAAAACACUAGAAACCUAAAUGAUAACGUAACCAUGUACAUCCUUCAAAGAAGAGUUCUAAAAAAUAUCAUCUAAAUUGGGUAGCUUUGUUACUACUACAAGUGAUUUCUAAACUCCAAUGCAAUAAAUUUAUGAACAAUAAGUUAAAGAAUUGAAGACCAUUGAUAUGUAGAAUGAAAACACUUCUUUGUAAGUAAGUUUUACUACAAUCUUUAGUAAGAAAUUUUGACUCUCAAAUAACAGAUGCAAAUUCAGAAAGACUAAAUUAAACAUAAGGAUAUGGUUAUUAAGAAAUUAAAUUUCACUAUCUAAUAAUUAACAUCAUAUAACCAAUAAUUGAAAUUAUCUAUAGGUUCAGAUAAUGAUUUAGCAAAACAAAAAACAUAAAUUAAAUUACUAGAGAAGGAAUUAAAUGAUAAAAAUGAUUAGAUUUAAUAAUUCUCUAAAGUAUUUCCAUUUAAAUUAUAUAGAUUUAAGAUGAAAUCAAAUCUUUAGAAGACUUUUAUGUUAAGAUGUUAUCCAAAAUGAAAUCUGAUUUAUUAUUUCAAAAUAAGGAAUUGUUAAAAUUACUUAAUCAUGUUUAAUGCAUGAGUUAAAUUGCUAUUCUUAAUUUACAACAUGAAGAUCUUCCUAUUGAUCUCCUAUUUAAAUACAAAUAGUAUGGAUUAUUUGAAGAAGAAUAAUAAAUUAAUCAGAAAAUAGAAGUAUUUGAAUUAACUAAAGAAAAUGGAAACUUAUUAUAGAAAAUAUUGGAUGACAUCAAGAAAACUUUUGAAAAGAUAUCUUAUCAUCUAGUCGAAGGAUUUUCAUUAUUGAGUAAACAUUGA